AUGCCAAAAUACACACCAACCAAAGAGGACACGAGAUCACCACUCUCUCCUCACAACAACAACAACAACAAUGGUAAAUCCCCCAAAUCACCAUCGAACAUUACCAAGCAACCCAACCGAGCCAGUUUUGCCACUCCACAAUACUUUCCUCAAAAGAUUUCCAAAUUUUCUCCAAAAUCAGCAAGCAAAGCUGCCAUCACGAGUGCUGGCAAGAAGAAGAAAUUCAACUUUGACAAUCCAAAAGUCAAAAAGCUUUUGGAUAAACUCUCAAAAAAGAACAACUCUCAAGAAGGAAGCGGAGUAGAAUCCUCAAAUUUGAAUCGUCUAAAACGACUCUUAUUCAGAAAGAAGAACAAACAAGCUCUUCAGAAAGACAAGGAAAACAUGGAAACCGAAUACACAUUCACUGAAUGUUCCGAUGAUGCCAAUUCGUUAUAUUUUGGAACCGAGAUGAGCAGUGAAGGAGAGCUUUCAGAAGAAGAACUCGAUUUAACCUAUGGUCUCGAUCACUUGGACAAUGGUAUCAUGAUGUCUCCUCCCACGAAAAGACCAUCUGCAUUGGCAGCUUCAUCUCGAUCUUCCAUUGCUUUCACAGGUUCUAACAGUGAGAGAAGGCCUGGUCUCUCCCUUCAACACUUGUUUACAAAGAGAAGAGAAGAACAAAAGAGAGCUGAAGAAAUUAUCGACAAGUUUGACAUUAAGAAACAAUUAGAGUCAGAAAUGAGCGUUGCUGAUACCAUCUUUGGUAAAUGGCAACGAGAGAAUGUUCAAUAA